AUGGCUUCAAUAUCUCGGACGAUGAGAGCAGGACAAUGGGAUCCUAAUCAAAAAAGAAUUGUGAUUAAUGAUGUACGAGUUCCUGAACCGGGACCAAAUGAACUUCUGGUGAAAAUUGCAUCAGCUUCACUGUGUCAUUCGGACAUCAUGGCAAUGGAUCAGAUCGGGGCAACUUUCACACCGGGCCAUGAGGGUGUAGGCUACGUCUGUCAGGUACAUGAAAGUGUAGAGGGGAAAGGGUUCAAGGUUGGCGACGCUGUUGGCUUUUUAUAUAUCAUCGGAUGUUGCUUUGAAUGUGAAGGAUGCAUGGUCCAUAAUAUGCUUUGUCAGAAAGGAGAACCCAAGAUCCAGGGUCGCAACAUCGAUGGCUUUUUCGCGGAAUAUGCUGUGGUGGACUGGCGAAGUGCAAUCAUUCUACCCACGCAAUGGGAGGUUGAGCGAAGUUCGGUCUUCUUCUGUGCGGGUAUUACAGCUUUCCAUAGUGUGGACUCGUGCAACCUAGAGCCUGGUCAAUGGCUCGGGGUUAUUGGUGCCGGAGGUCUUGGUCAGCUUGCAACACAGUACGCCAAAGCCAUGGGACUAAAGGUCGUCGCUAUCGAUAUCAACGAUGCGACACUCGGUGUCUGUAAAGCACAAGGCGCAGACGCGAUAUUCAACUCAAAGACAGAGCCUGAAUACGUCCACAAGAUCAAGGCUUUAACCAAUGGAGGAGCUCAUGCUGUUGCCGUCUUCAGUAAUGCUUCAGGGGCGUACUCGUCUGCUCCAUCGAUUAUUAGGGUAGGAGGUUUACUAAUGGUUGUUGGUAUUCCAUACAAACCGAUCGAAGUGUCUGCUAUAGACAUGGUUCUGGGGAUGUAUAGGAUCAAGAGUGAAAGCACAGGUAUCCCGCAAAGAAUGGGGAAGGCGCUUGAAUUCUCUGUUCGACAUGGAAUCCAACCUGAGGUGGAUUUAAAGAGGCUGGAGGAUUUGAAUGAUAUGGUUAACCAAAUGAGAGCCCAUCAAGCUACGAAGAGGAUGGCAGUAAUAUUUUAA